UCAGAGGUAGCCAUUAGAGCCGUUUUUGACAGUCGGAGGUUGGGUACCGAUAGCAAUAGAUCCCAGCAUCUUAUUGCAGCCGUUGAGGGGAAGAAGGGCUUGUAAGAUGCUGUAGACACCGUUAUCUGUUACAGCCUAGUGCGCUCCUUUUUUUUCCUGUUGUUCUUCAAAGGGGCUCUGAGCACGCCGCAGUCUAGUGAGGAACACGUCGCAGGGCUGAGGGAUAAUCAAGCGCUUAGCUAAAAGGACGCAGUUUGUAUCCUGCAGUAGGCUCAAACCACUGCAGGUUUGCUUGUUCUGUGCUUGCUUGUCAUCGUCAGACAAAUCAGUGGCCUUGUGCGGUUUAGGGUUAGAUACCAGAACAAUACUACUUUCUACAAAUUAUAAAAGGAACAUUAAAAUACGUGGUGUUUAAUAGAAACAACACUAAAACGAAACAUUGGAAAUGACGUCGUGCACAGGAUUACAGAAAAAGGAGCAAUAGGGGUUUGAGGGUAAACUCGCUAAUGGUGGCUUGAUUAGUUGAAUUUGAAUUUGAAUUUGUCUGGAAAUGGGAGCUCUGACGAGCAGGCAGAAUGCUGGAGUGGAAGAGGUCGACAUUCCUUCUAAUUCGGUCUACCGAUAUCCGCCGAAAUCCGGUAGCUACUUUGCCAGCCAUUUCAUCAUGGGCGGGGAGAAGUUUGACUCUACACACCCAGAAGGCUACCUGUUCGGGGAGAACACUGACCUGAACUUCUUAGGCAACAGACCGGUGCCGUUCCCGUAUGCUGCUCCUCCACCUCAGGAACCGGUGAAGACGCUACGUAGCCUCAUCAAUAUCCGCAAGGAUACACUGAGGCUUGUGCGGUGCAGCGAGGAUGUGAAGCUGCCCAGGGAGGAGGUGGGGAAGGGUCGUGCCUGUUACAACGUGGAGUUCACCUUCGAUGCUGACACUCAAGUUGCCAUCACAAUCUUCUACCAGGCCAUAGAGGAGUUCCACAAUGGAGUGCCCAUAUACCUGCCCCAGGAUAGCUCUCUACAGUCUGAGACAGUGCACUUUAAGCGGGGAGUGUGCCAGCAGUUUUGCCUGCCUUCCCAUUCUGUGAAUCUCUCAGAGUGGGGUGACGAAGAGCUGCUCUUUGAUAUGGACAAAGACAUCUACCCCAUGGUGGUGCAGGCAGUAGUAGACGAGGGUGAAGAGCAUUUAGGUCAUUCCCACGUGCUGCUAGCCACCUUUGAGAAGCACAUGGAUGGGAGUUACUGUGUGAAACCUCUGAAACAAAAGCAAGUGGUGGAUGGAGUCAGUUAUCUCCUUCAGGAGAUUUAUGGCAUUGAGAACAAAUACAACAGCCAGGAGUCAAAGGUGGCGGAUGAUGAGAUUAGCGACAACAGCGCAGAGUGUGUGGUGUGUCUGUCUGAUGUCCGCGACACCCUCAUCCUGCCAUGCAGACACCUGUGCCUCUGCAACGCCUGCGCGGACACCCUGCGCUACCAAGCCAACUGCUGCCCCAUCUGCCGACUACCCUUCCGAGCUCUGCUGCAGAUCCGCGCAAUGAGGAAAAAGCUGAGUCCGCUCUCACCCACAGGGUACAACCCUGUCAUCACCUCCCAAACCUCAGACUCUGAGGAGCACUCGGCCUCCGAACACAUCCCACCUGGAUAUGAGGCUGUGUCCCUCCUGGAGGCUCUGAAUGGUCCCCUCAACCCCUCUCCUUCUGCGCCCCCAUUACAAAACCUGACAGGGGGGCACGUCUCUGGGACCCUGCCGUCGUAUGGCAAUGAGACCCACCCCCCACCUGCACGCUCCCUCUCCCCGCUGGAGCGUUCCAUAGACUCCAGCCAGGGGCUGAAGCUUAAGAAAAGCGGCUCCAAAUCCCUUUCCCAGAAUUCCUCUGUACUGCCUGAAGAGGAAGAUGAGAAGUCAUGCAGCGAGUCAGAGGUUCAGGCAUGUCGGAGGAAAAUAGCUGUCGACCAGCAAGAGUGUGGUGUAACUCCAGAAAGUGAGAACCUGACCCUGUCGUCCUCUGGAGCUAUCGACCAGUCUUCCUGCACUGGGACCCCCCUGUCUUCCACCAUCACCUCACCCGAAGACCCUGUGAGCAGCAGCCUGGCCCAGUCUGUGAUGUCCAUGGCCUCUUCACAGAGCCAGCACUCCCAGCUCAGCACUGACACCCUGUCCUCCAUGUCUGGCUCUUAUCUGGCUGGGGCGGAGGGCGAGGCCCCUGAGACUCCCAUGGAGAGCCGGGGACCAUCCCAGCAAGAGGGGGAGGAUAUGCCCGUUGAAAUAAAUGAACAUAACUUUUUGGCAGCGGUGGCAGAAGAGCAGGACUCUGAGGGUAAUGAUGUCACAGAAGAAGACUGCCCAUCACCCACCCAGGAACAGGGUGGUCGGAGGAGGAGCGAGGUGCCUUGUCCUGAGUUUGACAAUAACAAUCAGGGCCAGUCUGACACCCCCUGCUUGACAGGGCUGGACAAUGAGCAGUGCCCUGAAGGCCGAUUCGCUGGUCUGUUUUACCUGGGAAUGCAGCAACAGGGCCGGGGGCCACUGCCUCACCAUGCCUCCACUAGCAACAUCAACCUUGAGGAGCAGGGACCUGAUAACGAGGCAGCGAGCCCGAAACACACACCCCGCCGCGGACCCCUUGCCGUGUAACUGCCGCUCGACUCCCAACAUCCAAGCUCCACUGCAAGACAGCUCACCCUCCAACCUCUGUCUGACCCCAGGGAAUAGAACACAUCCUCAUCUGGCCAACUCCACCACCACCAACCUCCAGCCCCCCCC